GGUGUUUAAUUAACAUUGACAUUGACAUUAACUGCGGUGUGACUGUGCUGAAGUAUUUUUAACUUUGUGCCUGUCUUACGAUAUUAACCUGCUGUAUGAGAAGUUACCGCACACAUCUGGAUUUCUUUAGAGAUUCAUGUGGCCUCCAGCUUUCAAAACACACCUUGUUUCUCAGGUGAGCGAUGGACGAAAGCACCUUUGAGACAUUUGAGGAAGAGCUUGGCAAACCACUGGAAGACGUUCCUCCUCAGAAACCUGUCAGACAAGCGCGAACAGGAGGCAGAGCAGAGAUGUCUGCUCAGAGGAGGGUGCGAGAGGAAGCUCCAAACGUCCAGCAGGCCCCAAAGAUGAUUCCUCGGGAACAUCCGGUCUCCGGUGCCACAGCGUCGUUACGCAGAGCGCUGUCCGUCCAGAACCUGACGCAGACCGAGACGCCGUGGGAAGGUGUGACGCUGAACAGGUGUCUGAUCGCAGCCAUAACCAUCCUGCUGCUGAGCUCCGGCCUACAGAGAAUACAUGAGGUCGUCAGAGGACGUAAAGACGUCAGUGAAGAGCUCACAGCACUGCACGACAGACACGCUCUGAUUAAAAGAGGGAAAAUAACACAGCAUGAGCCUUACACUUCCUUAUGGGACACAUUGUUCUGGUGGAUUGAUGAUGAUGAUGAUGAUGAUGAAGGCAAAUCCAAGAGAGUGAGUCGCGGGAGAGUUUCCAGGGGCCUCAGACACCGGGCCCUUCCGGACCUCAGGCUCCUGAAGAAAAGAGAGACUAAAUUCACUGAGCGCAGAAGAAGAAGAAGAGGACGACGAGAAGAAGAUGAGACUAAAGAGAGACUGACAAAAGAGAAAGAGAUGAAAGUCAAGAAAGUGGAAGAAGAAGAGGAGGAGGACACAGAGGAGAUGAAGAAACCAAAGAAAGCAGUGAAAGAGAGCAAGCUAAAACAGUGAUGGACAGAUAAUGAGUGCAUAAAGAAAACAGGGAUGGCUUAUGUGCUUGAUUAUAUUGAAAAAAAAUCUUAAUGGUCCUAAAGAGAGUCAUUUCUUUAGCAAAAUGUGUUUUGUUUUGAUUACAGGGUGAAAUAUGUUCUUAACAGGUUUGUAAUAUCCUGAUACCUACUCAGUUAAUGAUAAAAAAAAAGGUAUAAUAUGGUGCUUUUUUGUUUUGUAAAAUCUGUUUCAGAGACUUCAUGGUCAUUGAAGACAUAAGACCCUUGAGAUUUUUACACAAAUUUUUGCAAUUAUGACCGCAAGCUCAUCUCACAAACCUCAUAUUCUGCUAGAGGACAUUAAAUUGCAUUAAUAAUUGUUAUAUCACAUUAACACAUAAUUAAUAACAAUAACAAGAAUUAGUUUAUUAGUACUUCAGCGCCGUUUUCUUUUUAAGAUGGUUUUUAAGUAAUAUUUAAGACAAAGCUGUCUUAAAGUAAUGCGAUGCAGAAAUAAUUUUUUUUUUUUUAAAUAUAUGUUUAUAG